AUGGCAAUCAUAUCAGGUUUAGAAGGAAUCGAGUGCAAGCGCAUAGGACAGCCGCCAGGAACUCUGCAAGACAUUACGAAGCUUCGACUCGGGGACGAACGUGAUGUUGCAACUAUUAUUACCGAUUUCUGCGGGUAUGCGAGACUUCCACCUGCUAUAUGCAUGGAAUUUGGCAAGAUUUUGAGAUUGUUAGUUGCCAAUCAACACAGAUGGAUCUUGGCCAUGUACGAAGAAUUAGCACUCAUCACUUUUCACACAGUCGCUGUGUUGCCUGGCGUCAGUACAUAUGAGAUGAAGACGGCUCUUAUGGACAAAUACAAACUUGAACCCAGCGUAGUGAGCAGCUCAGCUGACAAAGUCGAGAAGUUCUUCGUUACAUGCGAUGCAUGUAAAGCAAUCACAAACUUCAUAUUUAGGUUCGGACAGUCUUUUCCCCGACUCAAGGGCAAGACAAGGCAGUUCGGGCAUUCGGUUCUUCAUUCAUUUUUGCGCUGGCUGGAAUUCAAAACCUCCAUAUAUUACGGUGAACAAUCGCCCUGGCGCCAGGUUGCUGCAUACAGUAUACUCAAGGUCAUGCUCGCUAACGGCUCCUUUAUGCCUGCAUCCAAAGUCUGUCUGGCGAUAGGGGCAACGCCAUUCGACUGGAUGGCAGCGGCUCAGCAGGAGAACUGGAACACGAGCCCCAAGUCAUGUAAAUCAGGGAAAAUACUGAAGGAGUGUGUAAAAUUGCGCAGAGGGCGCAAGUUGAAAGCCCGAGUAUCGAAAGCAGACGUUGCGGUGCUGAGCGAGUUGGUGACGGCGAUGAACUUGAGAGUUCCAGAAGACAGACAGAAGUUUGGCUUCUCAAAGCUGCCUGGCGAUGAGGAGAAGAAGGAGCAGAGUGGAAGGAUGGAUGUGUGUGCAUAG